UUUAAUUUGGUUAAUGUUUUUUUUUUGUUAAGAGUAACUUCGCUUUCACUAAAUCUUGACUAUUUUUAAUUUUUGUAAUUAUUUCUCAAGUAGAUUAAUAUUAAGCUAUCAGAAAUAUAACUCUUUAUUUUUACGACAAAAAAAAACAGAAAGAAAAGAAAACAAAGCUAAGUUAUAAUUUUUUAUAUGUAAAGUAAAAAUAGAAAUUUUUAAAAAUAUUUAAAUCCUAUUUAACUGUAAAGAGGUGAAGAAGAAGAAGAAAAAGCUCGUUGAACUGGUUUUAUUAUCAAACAGCCAUAAUAAGUGCGUGUAUUUUUAUCUGCUACCAUCAGACCAGAGUCGAGUGCUUGCAGUGGUGUACGUGUUUAGAAGCUAGCAGCUAAAAACAACAACAUUAACAGAGCAGUAGCAGUGAGUGAAGCUAAGCUCGCCAGCAUCUGGAACAAAUCUAGUCUGCUGCUGUUUAUUAUUAUUAUAUGCUUUACCUGUGUAUGUUUACACAAACCUGCUGCCAGUCACUUUAACUUUCGCCAGGCGAUUAGCUCAACAACGAAAGUAAAGCACUUUUCACCUUCGAAUUUAAUGAACACCAUUUUGAUUCUUGCAAAUAGCAGCAGCAACAACAACAAUAAUACUACAAAUAUUAAUAACCAAAGAAAACCUGCAGCAAAGAUUUUUGACCUAUGACUUUCCCCAAAAUGAAGAAAAUUGGAACGGGUGCUUCAGGACAAGUGCGGCUGCAACGCCAAUCCAUGGCAGGUACAACAAAGAGAGCCUAUCAACAUCAUCACCAUCACCAACAACAGCAGCAGCACUCUUUUAAUAAGAAUGGACCAGCCAUCUCUUCUGACAACAGCUUUGCGUUAUCUACGCCAUCGAUGAAUCGGGUGGCGCAGCAGCAGCAACAACAACAUAAACUGCAGCAGCAGCACUUGCAGCAGUUAAUUCAAAAGCUGCAGUCGAACAACAACAAUAAUUCAAACAAUAUGGCUGUGUUGCCACAAAUGUAUUAUUCGUCCUAUACACAGCAGCAGCAUCAACACCAGCAACUGCAAACACCACACUUUAAUAACAACCAACAACGUCGGCACAACAGUAGCAGUAUUACUACUGCAACCACCACCACCUCUACUAAUAAUAAUAAUCAGCAGCUCCGCAGCUUACUCACACACGAAGGAGACAUUCCGUCCUUGGCCUCUACUACAACCACUAAUAAUAAUAAUAAUACCAGUCAAGUGUCAUCUAAAGCGGACACAGCUCCCUCUAGUGCUGUUCCGGGUAAUGCCUAUGCAGCGGCCAAAUUCAGUGACCCUCCUUCACCCAAAGUGCUUCCGAAACCGCCUGUUCAUUGGACUACAACGACAAAGACCACAGUUCCUUUCAAUAGUGACGACAUGGCAUUAUCGUUUCAAGCAGCGAUGGCAGCUGCCAGUGCAGCAGCAUCGAAGAGCCACAUCCCCAUGGGUAACAACAACAACAUCAGCAUCAAUAAUGUUGGUAGUAAUAUCAGUUGUGCUAGUGAUGCCAGACUGCCCUUCCCUGCUGCCCCUCCUCCUUACUGUUCCAGUUCUGCUGAUAACAUCACCAGUCAUUUGAGGAUGAUGCUCAAGUUAACAGUUCAGGCGUAAGACAAACAGACACAGACAGAUAGACAGAUCGUGGCAUAUCUGGACUCCCUCAUGAAAUAUAAAAAAUAACCAAAAAAAUACGACAAAAAUAUAUACAGAACGAAUCAGGAAAUAAGAAGAAUAAUAUAAGA